GGGCUGCGGCACACAGGCGCGGGAGCCGGUGCGGUGUCAAGUCCAGCUCGGACUCUCGGACUGGGCCGAUUUGCAUUUUACCCUUAUCUUCAGCAUGGGGGAACAGAACCACUCUCCCGGGAAGGAGCUUCAGCACUGGACACGAACAGAGUCUCCGGGAAAGAGAAGCUGGCACUCCCAGGCCUACGCCCUUGGGGCCGUUUCCAACUUUAUGUCUACCUUUCUGACCUUUCCUAUCUAUAAGGUUGUGUUCCGGCAACAGAUCCAUGCUGUGGCGGUGUCAGAGGCUGUGCGGCAGCUUUGGCAUGAAGGCCCUCAAUACUUCUACCGGGGAAUCUACCCGCCUCUUCUCUCCAAGACGUUGCAAGGGACGCUGCUGUUUGGGACUUAUGAUAGCCUGCUGUAUUGUCUCUCCCCUGUUGGGCCACACUCCCUGGGACACCGCUGGGCUGCAGGGCUCAUGUCUGGUGUAGUGGAGGCUGUGGCACUCAGCCCCUUUGAAAGGGUGCAAAAUGUGCUCCAGGAUGGUCGCAAGCAAGCUCGCUUUCCCAGCACCUUCAGCAUUCUCAAGGAAUUCCACUCUUAUGGGCUUUGGGGGCGGCUGUCGCUGGGUUACUAUCGCGGGUUCUGGCCUGUCCUUAUCAGGAACAGCCUGGGGAGUGCUCUGUAUUUCUCCUUCAAGGAUCCCAUUCAGGAUAGCUUGGCAGAGCAAGGCCUGCCCCAUUGGGUUCCUGCUUUGGUGUCUGGGAGUGUCAAUGGAACAAUCACCUGCCUAGUUCUGUAUCCUCUGAUUGUGCUAGUUGCCAAUAUGCAGUCCCAUAUUGGCUGGCAGAGCAUGCCAAGCCUGUGGGCCUCUGCCCAGGACGUGUGGGACACUCGGGGCCGAAAGGUGUUCUUGAUCUACCGUGGAGGUUCCCUGGUCAUCCUAAGGUCCAGCGUGACAUGGGGCAUCACUACUGCUAUCCAUGACUUCCUCCAGAGGAGGUAUCAUUCCAGGAAAGAGCUGAAAGACUGACUAGCUGCAGGCAGUGUGGCCAUGGCAACUUGUUAUCCUAAGCCUUCCUGGGUUGGUUUAAAUAGCUUACUUCUUUAGCUUGGUCACCUAAGAAAACUAUUCUUUAGCAUCUUUCAACUGUCAUUGCACUCGAGAAGUUCCCAACUACCAGCCUGUUGGGCAAAGACAAAGCCAACAGCGUUCCUUGGUUAGCAAAAGAAAUUCACCCCGGUCUAUCCACAGCUUCAACAGGCUCAGACCCAGGAAGCCUUUAAGUAACUUGUAACCCACAUGAAAUGUCAUUCCUUUAAGGAAUUCACUGACUCUAAAAGAUGUGAAUAAGAGGAGACUCUAAAAGAUGACCUUAAUUAGGCACUGUGAGUUCCAGGACCCCUCCAGUUGUCCUCUGGACCAAACUUAGUGGAGGACCAGGAAUUCCAAUUUCAGAGAACUAAGCUUGACCCUUAGGAUGGGGAUUCCAUAGACUUUCUCAGAUGGCUACAUUUUCAUGACAUUGUUCACUACUCCUGCCACCACCACUCUCACUUCUCAAGGCUAUGGGUGAUAGUUUCAGGGUAGCAGUUAUGGCUGGAAAUCCUGAGUUAGACUUGCCUCAACGGAUCAUGUGCCACAAGAACUGGUGGGAGUGGGAAGAAGUGUGGUCCCUGGAUGGAUGGGAAGAAUAGACUUUGAGGGAAGAGGUUUAGUUGCAUGCAGAAUAGAAAAUUCUACUAUAGGUUGAUUGGUGUUAAAUGCUGGGACAUUUUUGUUAGCAAGGCAAUAACAUUGCCUAGAAACCACAUGAGUUUCCCUAAGAAAUCUGGAACUGAAAUAACUAUAUCUCUUCAUAAAUAAUUGCAUAUUUUAUUGCUGUGGAUAAAUAUAGUUACUGUGACAUAAGUUAAAGAUCUGAAAUUAUAGCCUGUCAUUCAGAGCCAUUCAAAAUAUGGUCCCCAUAAAGCUUGUAGCAUUUUAUCACACCAUUCCCACUUACACAGAUCCUAUAUCCUAGCCAAACUGGACUACUGUUCCCUCCCCAAACAUGCCACUAGCUUUCCCAUGGCCAUGCUUUGGCCCACACUAUUUUCUCCACCUGCAAUACCCAUUCUCCACAUGCCAGUCUGCCAAAAUCCUUCCAGUUUCUCAAAGCCCAGCUCAGAUGCCACCUUCUCUAAGGAGCCUUUUCUGAUUAUCCCUAACUGAAUGUGAUUGCCCCUAACUGAAUGUGACAUUAGUCUCAUGUGAUGCCCCUCUCCAAUAUUCAUAUGUGGCACUGAUUCCAUUACGUCACUGAUUUCAUGUGGUCCUAUGUUCUUGAUAUUCUUCAAUACCUCCUACUAGACUGUAAAACUCCUUGAAAGCAGGGAUUCUUGUACACAUUUUUAAAUCUCCUAUUGUACUUAGGUGCUCAAUAAUGUUGGCUGAAUUAUUGAAUUGAUUAUCAAGCUGUGAUAUGGUCUUUAUCCUCAGGGUGCUGUCCCUUGUACAUGAAGAUAAUGUUAUUGAUUCACUGUCAUUAAGACCUGCCUUUGGGGUGUGGUUUUUGCUUUAUUAGUGGAUUUAGUUUUGUGCUAAUGAUAAUGAUGCUGCUGCUGA